UUUUUCAUCUAAGUUUCUUCUUCACUUAAAAGGCUAAAGCUGCUCCAAACGAUUGUCUGUGACCUUCAAAUCCGAAACAUUCCGGUUUCAUGCAUUUCGCUUAUAUAUCGGUUUUCUUUUCCCUUCUUCUUUCUGUGUAGUAGACUGUAAUUGGCGAAGUUAAAGGGAAUCUACUGAUUAAGAUUUUGGUGUGGCAUUUGAAGAGCAAAUUGAUUGAGAUGAAGAUUUAGAGGAAUUUAUGUAUGCUGUGCUUCAAUCAGUAAGAGAAGGCAAAAAAUAAUCAAGGUGAUUCUGCAGAAUCUAAGAGCAAGUAAAGCAUAUCAGGAAUCACCCGAGCUUGAGAUUUCACGAAGAUUAGGUGAGCGAGAGAAACAGAAACAGCAUACGGGGUAGAAACGGAAAAAAAAAAGCGAAAAGAAAGGAAUAAAAGAUGUUUACGUGUAUAGCGUGCACAAAGCCUAUGACCGAAGACGGAGAAGACGGAACGCGCGGAAGUGGAACGCCAAGCACCAGGGAAGCCGUCAAAAGCCUGACGGCUCAGAUCAAAGAUAUGGCGUUGAAAUUUUCCAGUCGACAAUGCAAACCCUGCGCAGGCUCAAGCACUUUCAAGAAAGGACAGCGUCCUUACCCUGACUUCGAUAUGGCUUCUGAGGGGGUUCCAUAUCCCUAUUUUGGAGCUGGAAGCUCAAGCUCAACACCUGCAUGGGAUUUUACAAGCACUGGUCCCCAUCGAGGCGUAAGAGCUGACUCAAGAUUUACUGGAAUGUUCAGUGGUGAUCAGAUCCCUGGGAAAGCGGAGUCCAUCUCAGCUCAGUCUUGUGAUAUGGUGCUAGAGGAUGAGGAUGAACCCAAGGAGUGGAUGGCACAGGUGGAGCCAGGAGUUCAUAUUACUUUUGUGUCUCUUCCUAACGGGGGAAAUGAUCUAAAGCGUAUUCGCUUCAGUCGAGAGAUGUUUGACAAGUGGCAAGCUCAGCGAUGGUGGGGUGAGAAUUUUGACAGAAUCAUGGAGCUCUACAAUGUCCAGAGAUUUAACCGUCAAGCGCUUCAUACACCUCCAAGGUCUGAGGAUGAGCAGAGAGAUUCUUAUUACUUAAGGAUGGGAUCUGCAAGGGAAAGCCCCAUGGUGGCUUCAUCAUUUACGCCAAGAAAUCACUAUAAACCCUCUGGAAGUAAAGGGUAUUUCCCAUCUGACGUUAUGGAGCAAGUUGGCAGCCAAUGUUACCAUGCUGGUUCAAGUGGUUAUGGUACAGUUGGCCCAAAAGGUGAGGCGUCUUCUGUGGAUGCAUCACGGACAACCACAUCGUCUAGAGAUGAGCCUUCUGUUUCUGUUAGCAAUGCCAGUGAUCUGGAGACAGAAUGGGUUGAGCAAGAUGAGCCAGGGGUGUACAUUACUAUUAGACAACAAUCUGAUGGGACUCGGGAGCUUCGGCGUGUCAGAUUCAGCCGCGAAAAGUUCGGGGAAGGGCAUGCGAAGCUAUGGUGGGAAGAGAACAGAGAAAGAAUACAAACUCAAUACCUUUAAAAACACAAUUUCACACAACCUACAAUGUUAGCAACUGAAGUGAUUGUAUUCAGGGUGCAGUUGGAUAUCCCCCUACCCUCAAAAAAAAAAAAAAAAAAAAGGUAAGAUCUGUUAUUCAGUUUUGUUUCAUAUAGAAUGCAAAUUGUAAGAAUUUUAGCUGCUACAAUGAAGUCUUUACAGAAAAAUAUUUACUGAUCACUUUGAAAGGGCAAAAUUUCUUCUGGGAUGUCCAAAUGCAUCCAUUUUUAUC